GGAGGACUGCGCGCGCUGCUGUCCGUGCACUGGUGUUGCAAGCGUUGGAGUCAGGUUGAUAGCAGAGCAUGGCCCAGCAUAAGUCGUUAUUCGCAAACGUGAAGCACAGCUACACGUCUGGUGAUGACACGGAGGGAGAAGCUCGUGAGGAUCAGGAGCAAAACAAAAAGCUGGCAGAUACCAUCGAACUUCUCUUAGCUGCUGGCUAUUUUAGAGCUCGAAUAAAGGGACUAACUCCUUUUGACAAGAUUGUAGGUGGAAUGACGUGGUGCAUAGUUACGUGUAGUGUUGAUUUGGACAUUGAUUUACUGUUUCAAGAGAAUGCAACUAUUGGCCAGAAGAUUGCACUGACUGAGAAGAUUGUAGCUGUUUUACCACAAAUGAAAUGUCCCCAUCGGAUUGAACCUCACCAAAUUCAAGGCCUAGAUUUUAUUAAUAUCUACCCAGUUGUACAGUGGCUAGUACGUCGAGCAAUUGAGACACGAGAGGAGAUGGGAGAUACAAUUCGGAUGUUUUCUGAGUCACAAUUUAAUAAAUCACACUCACUACCACAGGAUGAGGAAUUUAUUGCUAAGUUGAAAAAGGCAGCGUUAGCAGUGGGAGUUGUUCAGUUGGCUUACAAACCUCAACGGAAAUACAAACGACCUUCAGCCACUGAUGAUAAUGAUGAAGAAAUACAAAUUCAUAGCACACUCUUAGAGUAUGGGCGUCGUUAUGGAAUUGGAAGGCAGCCGCCCAGUGAUAAGGAUACUGAAACAGCUGCUAAGAAGAAGGCACUGGCAGCUGGACUUGCAGGAAGAACUGUUAGUGAUGACCAUAAUGAACAAGCAGCUGAAGAGAGGCGUAUUGCAAGUCUGAUGAGUGGAAUGGCAGUCAUGGAAGGAGAUGAGAGGCUCUCAUCGAAAGCAGUGGCAUCCAUUGUUGGUCAACAGUCAGACCAAAUUCAGCUUAUGGCAUCUGAAUAUGAAAGCAAGAGAGCUGAAUUGGAUGAAGCAGACAUUUCAACUGGCAGUCAGGCACAUUCCCGUAUGGUCAGUUCUUUGGACAAACAGAUUACCAAUUAUGAAAAACGCCUUGCUGAAGUUUCUAUUCAACAUGAAAAAAUGCAGAAGUUGUACAAAGAAGGCAAAAAAAGGCUACAAGAGGCUCGUGACUACAGCGAACAAAUUGCCACUGAAAUGAAGCAAUUGAAUGCAAUGGAAACAGAUGAGAACAGAGAGGUGCUACAACAAUUGAGGAAUUUAGUAGCUAUGAAUGAAAGUCUAAAACAACAAGAAAAGCAUUUUAAGGCUCAUUGCAAGGAAGAGAUGAGUAGGUUGCAAAAAGAAAUUCAGAGGUUAGAGUCUGGUGAUGACUUUGGAGAUCCAGAAGAAAGGCAACGGUUGGAGAUGAUAAGCAGUCAGUAUGAAGUAGACAGAGCCAAAUUUCAGAAAAUAAGGCUUCUACUUGCAAGAAGAAACAGAGAGAUUGCACUUCUGCAGCGCAAGAUUGAUGAAGUACCAUCACGAACAGAACUAAACCAAUACCAAAGAAGAUUUAUUGAACUGUUUAAUCAAAUGGCUGCAACACUGACUGAAACCAAGAAGUUCUACACUUUGUAUAAUACCUUGGAUGACAAAAAGCUCUACUUACAGAAAGAAGUUAGUUUGCUGAACUCAAUUCACGACAACUUCCACACUGCUAUGUCAUCUGCUGCCAAUAAGGAGCAGUUUCUCAAGCAAUUUGAAGUGAUUGUGGAGGGAAUUAAACAAAACAAAGCUAAAGUUGAAGAAAGAAAAGUGAAGGAAAGAGCAAGGCGAGAUGAAUUGCAAGACUCCUAUACACAGCUACAACAGCAGCAACGACAAUACUACAAGAUGGUGAGAGACUUCCAAGAGGAAUGCAGCAAAAAUGAGAUGUUGGUGGCAAAACUGAAAGCACGUCAAACAAGCACAAAAUAGUGCAAAGAACAUUCACACAAUCUUGACAAUUAUUGUUAAACCUUGUUUCUGUUUUGUAAGCUACAUAUAAUUCAUUGCUAUGUCUGUUGA